AUGGCACCGCAACAGGCAUCGAUGGGGAGUAGCUGGGCUGCCUUCCUCAAGUCUAUCGCCUCUUUCAACGGUGACCUUUCCAGCCUCACCGCGCCGCCCUUCAUCCUCUCCUCCACCAGCCUGACCGAGUUCAGCUCGUACUGGUGCGAGCAUCCCUCCAUCUUCGCUGCCCCCGCCAAAGAGCCUGAUGCCGCCAAGCGGGCCCUCCUCGUGCUGAAGUGGUUCUUGACCACGUUGAAGCAGCAGUACGCCAGUCGAAGCGAGCAGUAUGGCAACGAGAAGAAGCCGCUCAACCCUUUUCUAGGCGAACUCUUCCUGGGAAAGUGGGAGGAUGACGCUGGGACAACAGAGUUGAUCAGCGAGCAAGUCAGCCAUCAUCCGCCGGCGACUGCUUAUAACAUCACCAACGUGCCAACCGGCGUCCGUCUUGAGGGAUACAACGCCCAAAAGGCAUCCUUCUCCAAGACGAUCAAUAUCAAGCAGAUAGGGCACGCUGUCCUCACUGUUCCGGUCUUAUCCUCUCCCGGAAAUUCCGAUACCUAUCUCAUUACUCUCCCAUCCCUUCACAUCGAAGGGCUCAUAUUCGGCUCGCCCUUCAUCGAGCUGGAGGGCAGCUCGUACAUUGCCUCCUCGACCGGCUUCACUGCCAAGAUUGAUUACAGCGGGAAAGGCUGGUUGUCGGGUAAGAAGAACUCCUUUACCGCGACACUCUAUCCCACAGGCAAGGAGAAAGACGUGCUCUUCAACGUCACGGGCCAGUGGACCAAAAAGUUCGACAUACAUUCCGGGCCUGCCAAGUACAGCAGCAAAGACAACCUCGUCGAGACGUGGGAUCCAGACGCCAUCCCCCUGAGCGAGCUCAAGGUUGCGCCCAUUGAGAGGCAGCACCCGCUCGAGUCGAGGCGGGCCUGGGCCAAAGUGGCCGCUGCCAUCGCCAAGGGCGACUUGGAUACGGUCAGCCAGGAAAAGGGCAAGAUUGAGAAUGCGCAACGGGAGAUGCGCGCCAAGGAAAAGGCCGAGGGGCGAACAUGGCAGCGGCGCUACUUCACCGCGCGGGAGGCGACGGACAGGCCCGACCAGGUCCUGGCUAGCCUCGGGCCGGCAGUAAGCCUGGCCGAGCACGGCGACGCCGAUAAGACGGGCGGCCUGUGGCGAUUCGACGCGGCGAAAGCCGAGGCAGCGCGCAACGAGCCUGCGCUGAGCGAGGAGGAUGCUAACAAGCUUGCGAGGGAGUUGCUGGGGCAAUGA